CCAGAGCUCUGCAGCCUAUGUCCCUGACAUGGCACCUGGGAAGCCUGGGAAGAGCACGGGGGCCCCGGAGGACCCCUCGGUUACGCUUUUCCGGGAGUACCUGCGGAUCAACACCAUGCACCCCAAACCCGACUAUGAUGCAGCCGUCCGGUUUCUGGAGCGUGUUGGCACCGACCUGGGCUUGGCCAGCCAGAAAGUGGAGGUGUGCCAAGGCCACGUGGUGCUGAUCCUGAGCUGGCAGGGCACGGACCCCCGCCUGCGCUCCAUCCUCCUCAACUCCCACACCGACGUCGUGCCCGUUUUCGAGGAGCACUGGACCUACCCCCCCUUCGAGGCUGUUAAGGACUCACAGGGCAACAUCUACGCCCGGGGCAUGAAGUGUGUCUCCAUCCAGUACCUGGAGGCCAUCCGGAGGCUGAAGGCAGAGGGAAAGCAUUUUGCCCGCACCAUCCACCUCACCUUUGUGCCUGAUGAGGAGAUGGGCGGACAGAAGGGCAUGGAGCUGUUCGUGCAGCGCCCCGAGUUCCGAGCGCUCAACGUGGGCUUCGCCCUGGACGAGGGCCUGGCCAGCCCGUCUGACACCUUCAGCAUCUUCUACGGGGAGAGGGGCCCGUGGUGGGUCAAGGUGAGGUGCACAGGCAGCCCCGGGCAUGGGUCCAGCUUCAUCACCAACACGGCGGCAGAGAAGAUGCACAAAGUCAUCGACUCCUUCCUGGGCUUCAGGGAGAGCGAGAAGCAGAGGCUCAAGUCGGACCCCAGCCUGACCCCAGGAGAUGUCACCUCGCUCAACCUGACCAUGCUGGAGGGGGGCGUCUCCUUCAACGUGGUG